AUGUCAAUUAAAAGAGCACUAAAGCCGAACUAUUCAGUGGGUUUCGGGUCAAGACCAGACUCGGCUAGUAUAACAGUCAGCAAAACAGUAAAGUACCUUGGCGUAACUCUGGACCCAAAACAGAGUUACUGGGACCACGUGCUAUCCCUGAAAGACAAGAAUAAGGAAAUGUUCACACGAUUAAGGAGCGUGACGUCAGCCAAUUGGGGCAUGGGCUGA